AACAUAGAAAUCAAAAGCUCUCUCUCUCUCUCUCUCUCUCUCUCAAUCAUAUUAUCUUCUUCUUGCUAGCUAGUUAUACCAACUAUAUCUAUCUGUCUAUCAAAUAAAUGGGUCUAAGAGACAUUGGAGCAACACUGCCUCCCGGGUUUAGAUUUUAUCCAAGUGAUGAGGAGUUGGUGUGUCAUUAUCUCUACAAAAAGAUUGCUAAUGAAGACGUUUUGAAGGGCACUCUUAUGGAGAUUGAUUUGCAUACUUGUGAGCCAUGGCAGCUUCCUGAGGUGGCAAAGCUCAACGCGAGCGAGUGGUACUUCUUCAGCUUCAGGGACAGGAAGUAUGCGACUGGGUACCGGACCAAUAGGGCGACGACAGCUGGAUACUGGAAAGCUACAGGGAAGGAUCGGACGGUGCUGGACCCAGGAACUCGUGAGAUCGUAGGGAUGAGAAAGACUCUGGUGUUCUAUAGGAACAGAGCUCCAAAUGGAAUCAAAACUGGCUGGAUUAUGCAUGAGUUUCGACUUGAGACCCCACAUAUGCCUCCUAAGGAGGACUGGGUGUUAUGCAGAGUAUUUAACAAAGGGAAGGAAGAUGAUCAAAGCAGCAGCACCAAUAUAAUCCCAGAAAUGAUGUUUGAAGCCACUGGAGCCGAUAACAAUAUUAUUCACCAUGACCAAACUAUUCCUUUGGAUUACCAAUCAAUAUUAUCCUCCACAUCAUCUGAUCGUCAUCAGCAUCACCAGAACCAUGUCAAUUACCAAAGCUCUCUGUUUAAUCUCUUACAGUUUCCUCAGGACAUAAAUAUCAACACCAAUUCCGCGACCGAUAUGGGAUCGAAAGGCGAAGACGAGUUCAAUUUCUUGUGGGACUUGAACUUGGGAGAAAAUAGUCUGGUUUCAUCAAGCUUGGAGGACAUGAGAUUUGAGAUGGAUAAUAGUAUGAUUUUUAUCUAAAACUAUAUAUAUAUAUACACAGAGUAUGAAAGUGUAUACCAAAUUGAUUAUUAAUUUGUGAAGUCUGUACACUUCAGGCGUUUGGUUUUCGAGGGAUUAAUUAGUCAAGUUUGAUUGGGUCGAUUCGAUGUUAAAUUAGGAAGAAGAAUUGUGUAUGGUUAGGGUUAAUACAUACAUACAUAUAUCUAUUAUCUUUUUUGUGGUAUACAGUAUUCGAAAUCUCUGUAAAACGUAUGUCAAUCAAUUAUAUUCUUUAUAA